ACCGUUCUUGGAUUUUAAAAUGAUGGAACAAAAUUCCCCUCAGAACAAUGUAGAACACUAUUAUUUUUCUUUCUUGCUGCACCGUUCAAACAAAAUAACCAAGGAAAAAAGUCAAAUAUUGGUGUCAAUGGUAAUUAUACUUCACUUUGUCCUGUUCACAUCUGGCUACAGCUUCAAGCAUUGCACUGAGGACGCAAACACAAAUCAUACAAAAUUCAUUUGCAUCCAUAGGAAAGAAAAUAACAUGUCUGCCAUUGUAGAUGACCUGCCAUCCUCUGCCACCAUAGUUAUAAUCUUGAAGAACUGGAUAAAAAACAUACCCAAAAAUACCUUUUCUCACCUUCAUAACCUCAGGAUGCUUCAGAUCGACCACAACACUCUGGAGACCAUAGACCCCCAGGCAUUCCAAAAUCUGAGUCAACUAAAGGACCUAAACCUGACCUCAAACAAAUUAUCAAUACUCAGCACCUCUGUGUUUCAAGGCCUCUAUAACCUUGUUAACCUGUCACUAACUAAUAACUCACUACAAUCUCUCCCUCAACGUAUUUUCAAUGCGCUCCCUAAUCUGGAUAACCUCCUACUAAACCAGAACAACUUAAACAAUUUCACUGUGGUAGCAGAAUCUGUGAGUCAGCUACCAAAACUAACUAAAUUAGACCUGUGCAAUAAUAAUAUAAUGUCACUCCAGCAUUCUGACCAUACAGCCCUACCAAAGUCCCUCACCAUCCUCUAUCUCUGUAGAAACAAACUGGUCACUUUAGGAUGUGCGCGGUGCUUCCUUUGCAAUAUACUACAGCUUGAUCUCUCCUACAACGAUCAGCUCCCUUCCAGGGCAUUCCAAGAUGUGGAUCUGCAGAAGUUGAACUACAUACGUUUGCGUUCAACCAAUGUCAGUGUGCUAGAUCUUUUCAAUGUAAGCAAUGUCAGACCUGAAAGCAUAGACUUCUCUGGUAUGGGCUUAAAAACUACACAACAGCUCAUGAACUUAUGCAACCUGUUGCAAAAUAAAACGGUUGCUUUGAUUAAAAUGAUGAGAUUGGGAAACAACGGAAUCUCAACGUUGCAAAAUAAAACCCUUUCUGACUGUCCACGAAUCGGUUCAUUGGACCUAUCCUUCAAUCAGUUGAGGACUGUAAAUUGCCUUGAGUUUCUACAUGGACAUGAUCAGAUCAAGAACUUCAAAGCAGAGAAAAACCACCUGUCCUCCCUACAGUCCUGCAAACUGAACAUUUCAUUCCCUAAUCUGACAUAUCUGAGCUACCGUUAUAACCGAAUACUCAACGUUAACGGUUUUGCUUUCUACCAAACACCAAAUCUAAAGACCCUACAACUCAACAUAAACAUAAUUGCCUAUCUUGACCCUAAAGCAUUCAGGGAUCUAACUAGACUGGUCAUUCUGCGUCUGGACAAUAACCUUGUGACAGAUCUGUACGAAGAUAGCUUUGAAGAUCUGCAGAGCCUGAAAAUCCUUAACCUACGUAACAAUCGAAUAGCUGUAAUUUUCAGAAGGACAUUCCAUUCACUUAAAUGCCUGCAAACUUUGGAUCUUGGAGGGAACAAGAUCAGUCAUUUCGAUGAGUCAGCUUUUGUGGGGCUCAAUAACCUGGCAAUGUUUUACCUAGAUGGCAACAAACUGAAAAAGAUUGACAGCACCAUGUUUGAACCAUUCCAUGCUACACUUGAAGUGCUUGACCUAUCUAGUAAUCAGAUACACUUUAUCAAUACACAGGCCUACUCUCCAUUUUCCAACCUAAGCAUACUUCGCGACCUCAAACUAAACUCACAGCUACCCCAUGGCAUCAGGGUAUUGCCUAAAUCUUUGUUCCAUGGCCUCAGCUCUCUCCAAUCACUCUACCUCGCAGACAAUGACAUCUUCAGUUUCUCAGUAGAUACUUUUGACCAUUUAACUAACCUGACUUUCCUCUCCUUGGACAACUCUUGCGCUGGGGUGCUGCAGCUAAAGCCAGGAGUCUUCAAAAACCUCAGGAAGUUGAGUAUGCUCUUUGCAAGGAACAUGGGUAUCAUGUCCUUCUCAAAGGAGGUUUUCGGGAACUUGACACAGCUCCAGAUCUUGGUACUCCAGCAAAAUGUAAUGCCAACCAUUGAUGUGAGUGUGCUGGAGGCUCUCCCCAAACUGAAAUCCCUUGACCUUCGCGAAGUUCCCCUAAGCUGCACCUGCUUAAACAGUGAUUUGAAGAAUUGGACUUUGAACAAUAAAAGUGUUCAUUUAGUCUUACUUUAUACUUAUACAUGUCAAGACACACCCAAACCCAAACACUUUUACAACUUUGAAACCAAUGUUUGCAACAAGGACCUGGAAGAGUACUUUUUUGCUUGUACAACCAGUUUGAUUUUACUGUUAACCAUAAUCCCCAUUCUUUAUGACAAGCUGUACUGGAAACUGAAGUUCAGCUAUUAUGUGUUUUGCUCCUGGAUUGGCCAACACUUUCGCAGGCUGAGGAACAAAGAGGAGCAGUGCAAAUACGAUGCAUUCAUCUCAUAUAGCUCAGCGGACGAGCCCUGGAUAGUAGACCAGCUACUACCCAACCUGGAGGGGAAUGGAGCCUCUUUCCGGCUGUGCCUGCACCAUCGUGACUUUGAGCUGGGUCGUAACAUUGUGGACAACAUUGUCUCUGCCAUAUACAAGAGCCGCAAGACCAUCUGUGUAGUGAGCAGGCACUUCCUGCGCUGCGAGUGGUGCUCCCUGGAGAUCCAGAUGGCCAACUACAGGCUCUUCCAUGAGCAGCGAGAUGUGCUCCUGCUCAUCUUUCUGGAGCCCAUCCCAGAAAGGCAUUUGUCAGCCUACCACCGAAUGAGGAAGAUCAUGCUAAAAAAGACCUAUCUGCAGUGGCCUGGGUCAGACUGCACCGACCCAGUCCUUGCCCAGGAACUGUUCUGGAACAAGCUAAAGAGGGCACUGAGGAGCAGGAGCAGCAUAUUUGAGGAGGAUGAGAAAGAGGGGAUGGAGAAUUACUUCAAUCAGCCACCAGCAGAUGAGAACUAUACCUUAAUGCCUUAAAUUGUGUAUAUACAUUUGGACAUGGAACCUAUUUUUACAAAUCUACUUUACAUAAAUAUCAAUCUGAUUUUACAGUAUUUAUUAUUCUAAAAUAUAAUUACUAUUAAUGAUACUUCUCAAAGAAACUGUCAAUUUCUCUGACUUUUGUGACAUCAAGGGGGGAACAUCUAACCAAAUCAUGUGGCACAACAAGUACAGUGUACAUGUUCAGUAUUUUAGGUCUUGUAGCUAUUGCAUUAAAUUGUUUAGCAAAAUAACCCAUUAGCCAGAUUUUACAAUGUUCUGGAUAUUUUACAGAUAUCCAGCUCCUGUGAUAGUGUGAUAAAUAGAUCAUAAGGUGAUUUGCCAGCAGGGGAUAUUAUAUCUGCAGUAAUAUAAUAUCAAACACAUUUUGAAGCAUCAUGAGGUCUGCCAAACGGGUGCCAAAAGUAUUUGGAAUGAUUAACAUUAUGAACAAGGUAGUCAUGUUUAGAACUUACUUGCAUUACAGACAGACAUCACCAGACACUUGCUAUCUUUGUUCUGAAAUUAAAGUGAACACAGUUAGCAGUUUUAUCCAUAUCGGAUGAAGCAUUAAGGAAUUACAAGCUUAAGUUUAGUAUGUAGUUCCCAUGUACCUUUUUUGUUAUGUUUAUACACUGUAUAGUCUAGCCUUCCGUAGAUCGUAGUGGAUGAUACAACAACACCAACCUCCAAAAAAAAAAUCUUGUUGAUUAUGGAGAACAUAAUCAACAACAUAUUACUGUAGUUGAUUUUAGCAUGCUUGUCCCUGAUCAAUUAUUCAAAUGUAUCUCCUUCCUGACAGCCACAAUGAUUUGCAUUAACACUUACACACUCCCAAACACAAGCAACUACAACUUUUACAAUCCUCUCUAGACAGUGACAGGUGCUCUUCUGCUUCAAAUCACUGAUGUUUGACCUGACAUUUUCCUUCAGAAUUUUCUCUUACUGCACUAUAGCAACACACUAUAGCGUCCAGAAGUUAAAAUCCUAGUCAUAGCAUACUGACGGUCCCCAGGAGUCCCUCAGAGGGAGGUGUACAUUGACUCAUCGCUGUCCAGGGGCAGAGUUGUCUUGUCUCAUUGUGGUCCAGAACUUUUAGUAGGUCUGAACACAGGCACCGGCAUAUUUAACCAUGGUUGUUGGUUAAGGAUUGCGCUCUCUUACAGUGAAUAUACUUCCUGGGUGAGUGAACAGUGUGAUAACGAUCAGAAUGGCUAGCGAUAUGCAUCAGGACACUUUUAUCUUUGACUACCCCAAACAAGCUGUAGAUGUGUUGCGAUGAAGCAAGACAAUUAUCAUGAAUUGGACAUCACAAAAUUGUCAGAGUUCAAUCAGGUUUGUCAUGAGUCCCGGGCCGAGUAUGUCCUAUUUACAAGUCAAAAAUGUAAUCACGUAUCUGGGAAACGCCAAACCUCAUACCAACAGGCAUUGUGGUGGUCAUGUGAUGGUUUUGGAGAUGCUUUGCUUCAUAGCGACCAAAUUGACAUGACAUUAUUGACCUAACCAUUAAUUCUGCUCCGUCCCAGAGAAAGUCAGUCCAUCCAUCUGUGCUAAAGCAAACACGCAGCCAGGCAAUGAUUCUAUAACAUAUAAUCUAAGAAUCGCUGAAAAAAAUAAUGUAUUAUUGGACAAUCGGUUGGUUCUGGUUAAUGUACAUUAUAAGGCAAACACAGAGUUAGCCUAGCCUGGACAAGAAAAAAAUCAAGCUCAAUUAAGAAUUUUCACAGGAUUUUUGUCCAGGAUUAGGCGGAAUCCUCUUUCCACAAAUUCAGCACUCAGUGUCCCAAAUAUGUCUACAAUAGAAAUACGCCAUACAUAAAGAUUGUUUAUGCACAUUCACAAAAGCAUUUGGAGGUUGAGUGCCAUUUUUUAAAUUUUUUUAAGAGUAAAAUAACUUUAUCGCUUGUCAAUGUUCCCUUAGUGCCAUUAUGUCCAGCAUUGUGUAUACCUUGACUGAUGGAAAUAUUAUGCCAUCAUGUAUCUGCUUUUGUUAUUUGCUUUCAUGACAUGCAAUAUAUCCUGUUGCAAAGUGUGUUUAGAUUCUCUUUUUAAGUACAAAAAUACAUGUCUUAGUCAGUAAUACACACAUUAAAACAAAUGUUACUGUUUAAUUUUAUUCAGCACAUCUCACAUAGGCAGCAGGCAAUGCUCUGCAUAAUGUAUUUAUCCUGAGUCAUGUCUUUGAUCAAUCAUUUUCUUUGCUAAUGAGUUCCUCUUGUCAAAAAUAACUGAGGGACACAAUUGUUGAUAUUUUCUGCCAUUAGAUUCUGGCAAACAGCAUGUUGUCCAGCCUUUUUUGUUAUAAGUACUCUGGCAAAAGAUAUAUAUGCUGUAUUAAUGUUACUGUUUCACACAUAAUUAUUUUUAACUGCAGGCUGUAAGUUAUCUUUGAACAUGUCUUAUGUCAAACAUAUGAAACUAACAAUUUGAAGAAAAAGAAAUAGCAAUGUUUCUUCACAAAUUUUACAAAAAUAAAAUUACUAAUUAUA